GAAACAUGGAGAAAUUUGAAGGCUACAUUUUCACUGCUCUCUGCAGCACCAACUUCUUGAUCUCCUGCCUGAUUUUCUCUAAAAUCACACGGGAGCAGAGGGAGCCGUACAUGGACGAGAUCUUCCACAUCCCACAAGCUCAGAAAUACUGCAAUGGAAAAUUCAACGAGUGGGACCCGAUGAUCACUACUCCCCCCGGUCUGUACCUGGUCUCUGUGGGCGUCAUCAAGCCUGUGGUGUGGCUUGCCGACCUGACGGGCGACGUGGUGUGUUCCACGGCCAUGCUGCGCUUCAUCAACCUGCUCUUCAACUGCGGCAACCUCUACCUGAUCUACCUGCUCCUCUGCAAGCUGCACCUCAGGGAGAAGACACGAACGACCUCACGUCGAGUCCUGUCGGCGCUGUCUCUGUCCACCUUCCCCGUGCUCUACUUCUUCAACUUCCUCUACUACACGGACGCCGGCUCGACUUUUUUCAUCCUCUUCACCUACCUCAUGACGCUCUACGGCUGCCACAAGGCCUCGGCGCUCCUCGGGGUCUGCUCUUUGCUCUUCCGCCAGACCAACAUCAUCUGGGUGGCCUUCUGCGCCGGCACAGUGGUGGCCGCCAAAAUGGACGAGGCCUGGAGGACAGAGCACACGAAGAAGAGGGACGAGAAGUCUCCUCCCUCCCAGGUCCCUCUGACGUUUAGUGGAGCUAAGAAAGUGAUGCUUUUCUCCAUGGAGUUCUUCACGUCGCUCAGCCACGUGAAGGCGGUGCUGCUGGUGGCCUGGCCUUACGCGGCGGUGGGCGCAGCUUUCCUAAUCUUCGUGGUGUUAAAUGACGGGAUAGUAGUUGGCGACAGGACGAGCCACGAAGCCUGUCUCAACUUCCCUCAGAUCUUUUAUUUCCUCUCCUUUUCCCUCUUCUUCUCCCUCCCCGUGUCGCUGUGCUACCACCGUGUCCUCCGACUCCUCCAGGCUCUCAAAAAGCAGCCGCUCUUCUUCCUCUUCGUCACGGCGGUCUCGUUACUUCUCGUGUGGAAGUUCACUUUCAUCCACAAGUACCUCCUGGCAGAUAACCGCCACAUACCUUUCUACGUGUGGAGAAAAGUUUUCCAGAGGCACGAGCUGGUGCGCUUCCUCCUCGUGCCCGUGUACGUCUUCGCCGGCUGGAAUUUCCUGGACUCCUUCAAGUCGCGCUCGCUCUUCUGGAGUCUGGCCUACUUGGCGUGUCUCGUGUGCGCCACGGUUCCCCAGAAGCUCCUGGAGUUCCGGUACUUCAUCGUCCCGUACCUGAUGUACCGCCUGCACAUGCCUCUCCCCUCUCUUCCCAGACUGGGCGGGGAGUUCCUGCUGUACGCCGCCGUAAACGCCGCCACCGUUUACAUCUUCAUCGCCAAGACGUUUCACUGGCCGGACAGCACAGCCACGCAGAGGUUUAUGUGGUGAGGAGGAGAGAUGGACAUCUGAGGACAGAACUGUCUCAAAAGAAGCAUAUUCUGUUUGUCGGAAAUCUGUGGAGCUUACACUGAAAAUGUAAUAAAGAGCCGAUGCGUUCAAAGAGCUGAUCACCGUAGCUUGUUUGGAAGGAGUUUCCCAUCUGAACCAGCUUUCUGCACUCAUCUGUCCAACCACAGGGCGCAAACACGACCUGGGCGCUCGAUGCAUUCUCUUACGACUGUUUCUUUUAGGGAUGCACAAUAUUAUCGGCAUGGUAUCGGCCGAUAUUAGCGAUAAAGUUAAAUAUCGGACAUUCCUUCACUUCCAUCCCAUCCGAUAUAAAAGGCGCUGUUUUUUUCAUCUGCAUUUGAUAGCAGACCAAAUUGACAA